UCUGCUAAGUAGCUUAGUUGCGUCAGUAUCGCCAACUAACUCACAAAAUAAGAGAAUGAAGAAGGCAGCGGUGUUACUUCUACGCACCUUUUGAUCGAGUCCUCAGUUGCUAAAUGUAGACUUUAAAUAUGAAAUGUCCCAGUAUCUAAUCGGACAGUUAGCUCAUGACUAGCUUAGCGCUUUCCAUUCACUGACAUGAACCUUUCUCUUAGUCUCAAUUUCAUUGGCUGUACUGGGCUCGUGACCAUUUCUUGGUCGUGCGGAUUGGAUGGUAUGUGACUUACAAACUGAACGUUGAUUGGUCGUAAUAAUUCACAACCCAUUUCAUGCCGUAAGGAUGUGGUUUACCGAGUGCAACAACUUUAUGCCGGAAGCUUCACGUCUUCUAUCAGGGUGAUUUUGAAGGGAACUAUGAUUAAAAAAUCUCAGCAAAAGAAGAGAACAUCACCAUGUAACUACAAAGAGAGGUUUUUUGUAUUGGACACCCAGGACCUGAAGUAUUCUGAACGCCGCCCGGGUAAAAAGCCUAUGCCUAAAGGUUGCAUCGAGCUGUCCAGAAUCCAGUGUGUGGAGAUUGUGUGCACUGAUGUCCCCAUACCAUGCACCUACAAGUACCCUUUUCAGGUUUUUCACAACAACCACUACCUCUACAUUUUCGCCCCAGACAAUGACUGCCGUCAGAGAUGGGUCAGAGCUCUUAAAGAGGAGACAAAGCGUAACAACUUAGUUCCAAAAUACCACCCAAACUUCUGGAUGGAUGGAAAGUGGAGAUGUUGCCAACAAACAGAGAAACUGGCGCUAGGUUGUCAUGUGUAUGACCCAGUGGGCUACGCUUCUAAAAAGCCACUUCCUAAACUCCCGGAUCCAGAGAUGGGAGUGCACAGUGGAGGAAAGAGGAUGGUCAUUGCUCUGCAGGACUACGCACCGCACGGAAGCGACGACUUGCCCCUUCAGAAAGACCAGGAGUACAUCCUGAUUAACAGCUCGCACACGGACUGGUGGUCUGUACAGGAUAGCAAGGGGAACAUAGGCUUUGUCCCCAGUACCUACGUAGCUGAAAAAUCUGGCACCAACUUUCAGAGAUUUGAGUGGUACAACAAAAACAUCACCAGAGGGGGAGCAGAAGAUUUGUUAAUGAAACAGGGAAAAGAAGGUGCAUUCAUGGUGCGUGACUCAAGACAGGCAGGAGUCUACACUGUUUCAGUCUUCACCAAAGCACCGGGGUCUAAUGGUGAGAAGAAUCCAAGGGUGAAACAUUACCAAAUUAGACAAACCGAAACGGGAGAGGCCACAUUUUACCUGGCAGAGAAGUACCUGUUCUGCACCAUUCCAGAGCUAAUCCAUUACCACCAACACAAUGCUGCCGGCCUGAUAACACGUUUAAGGCACGCUGUAUCUCAGGAUGGAGACUGUUCUCAGGACAUUGUCGAUCCCUCAAAAGGUCAGUGGGAGAUCGACCCUGAGGAGCUGACCCUGGGUCAGGAGAUAGGCAGCGGCCAGUUUGGGCUCGUGCUGGAGGGGAGAUGGAGGGACAAGAAGGUGGCCGUGAAGAUGAUCAGAGAAGAGUGCAUGUCGGAUGAGGAGUUUAAAGAAGAGGCCAAAGUCAUGAUGAAGUUAUCUCAUUGUAAGCUGGUUCAGCUGUACGGUGUGCGCACCCAGUGUCCUCCCAUGUGUCUGGUGUUUGAGUUCAUGGAUAACGGCUGUCUGUCGGACUACCUGCGAGCCAGGAAAGGCAGCUUGUCUCAGGACACCAUGUUGGGGAUGUGUCUGGAUGUCAGUGAGGGGAUGGCUUACCUGGAGAGCUCCAACUUCAUCCACAGAGAUCUGGCUGCCAGGAACUGUCUGGUUGCAAAGAACAAUGAGGUGAAGGUGUCAGACUUCGGUAUGACCAGGUUUGUGCUUGACGAUCAGUACACAAGCUCCCAGUGCUCCAAGUUCCCUGUCAAGUGGUCGGCCCCUGAAGUCAUCAAGUACUGCAAGUUCAGCAGCAAGUCCGACGUCUGGUCAUUUGGUGUGCUCAUGUGGGAGGUGUACAACGAGGGCCGUCUUCCUUAUGAGAACCGCACUAAUGCUGAGGUGGUGGAGUCCCUGAACACUGGCCUGAGGCUGCUGAAGCCACGCUUAGCCCCAGACAACGUCCACCUGCUCAUGGAGUGGUGCUGGAAGGAGAAAGCAGAAGAUCGUCCAGCCUUUGCUGUCCUCCUGCACGACCUGGCCUCCCUCUCAGACCUAUGAAGAUAACAUUUGAGUUGUAAGAAUAGCUAUAUUUAUUUUAUUUAUUGAUUUAUUACCAAUUGCUUGUCAAAUGUUUUUUCAAAUGUCUGUGAAGUUGCUUUGAUGAAGAGGAUUACAAAAAUAAGACAAAACAGUUCCUGUAUUUUGCACUUUAUCUGUUUUUUACUCUGUAUAGAGUUUAUUCCUGAGAAGGCUGACACAGCCCAUUCACACAGCUGCCACUGCUUACUACAGCUUCAUAUAAAGGUUUUAAGUAUUUACUUUUAAGUUUGUCUCUGUAUUAAACAGGUGAGAUGAUUGUGUUGUUUUACCCACUGUUAAAUAAAUGGAUCCAAUGUCAUUAAAUGUUCUAAAUGUUAUUUUCCUCAUGAGUUUUUCAGUAGUACACUGAGCCAGGCUUUGUGAUCUGCAGCUCUAGUGGCCAAAGGUGGAACUGCAGGCCACUACACACACUUUGGCCCAGAAAGACCUACACAGACACAAAAAGAAACCACACACAUCAAUGAACUUAUUAUAAUAGAAAAAAAAAUAUGCUGAAGAAAAUCUUCUGAGCAUCACAUAUUAGUGCAAUGCAAACAUAUUUCACAUAGAAGAACAACCAAAUGAGGUCAAGGAGGACCCCAGUUGCUAUAAGUUAACAUACACUAUAUAAAAAGACACAUGUACUUUAUUUUCUCACUGUCUGACAUGAAUUCAGACAAUCACUUGUCCUGUUUUAGGUCUGUUAGGAUUACCAAAAUUAUUUCUAUUUGCUAAAUGUCAGAAUAAUUACAGCUUGUGGAAAGGAUAUCCAAAAGGUUUGACCCAAGUUAAACAGUUUAAAGGCAAUGCCAAAUACUAAUGAAAUGUAUGUAAAUUUCUG